AUGCUGGACGAGUACUCCAACUCCAAGACGAUCAUAGCCAGUGGACAGCUGACUGAAUUGGCGAACAAUGCUCGAGGUCCGAAAUGACCUGAAAAUUCACCUAGAAAAUCAAAAAAAUUCAGUGAUAAUCUGUAUAUUUUCCUCCACGAGAGAAAUGUCCAGGGAGUUCAUGCAAGCCGUCUCCACGACGAUGACGAAUCUCCAAGAAUUCGUCUUCAUCAUGCCUUGGUUGCAGGUUUCAGUAUCGGUUUUCAAACGAUAUUUGAACAGCCUGGAAAACUUGAAAAAGGUUGAACAUGUAUGGAAAACGGGUGAUUUUUGGGAUAUUUCAGAAAUUUUUCGAAAAACUGAUUAAUUUUGAAGAAAAACGAGAUUUUUAUUGACUGGUUCUAAUGAUAAUUAAUUAAACGGCUUCUAUGCACGGCAUUCCUAAAAGGGUGAGCGAAGGUGAGCGAGGCGUCAAAUUUUCUAAAUUUACGAAAAAAAAAAGUAAGUGCGCGCUCCGGAUAAAAUGACGUCAUUCUACGUCAAAAAUAUACUGAGUAUUCAACGAUAAUAACUUGUUUGUUCGAUCGCCUUUGGCUGCGUACUUGAUAUUCGAAUUUUUGCGCCAAUUUUUUUUUUUUUUGACGUCUCCCCACCCCGUUUGGGAGUGCCAUGUAGGACUUGAAACAGAAUUUUAAAAAAAAAGGUUUUUUAUAUGAAUUUAUGUGCUUUUGACUUUAAAAUGUGCUUCUACCCUAUAUUUCUGUGUGGUGAACUCCUCUCUGACGACUAGAAACGAUCUCAUUUGGAAUGGCUCGCGCGGCGGUUACAAGCCGAAAUUCCAAAACUUACAUGUUUCCGAAGCACGAAAUUUUUUCUAUAACCGCGUCGCAGCCGCUUCGCGUUGGUUGAGCUAUUCCUCCUGCGACCAGCGUUUUUUUAAUUGAAGGAAAAGCCGAUUUUCCAGAGCGAAACGAAAGAUCUGCCUCCCUGGAUUGGCGAUGAAGGUCAAUAUCUUCAAAAUGUCAAGGAUCACUUUGCCAACGCCUUCAUUGUAAUAAUGCGCUUGAUUUUGUAUCAUUUCCAUCAAAACUUGAAGCAGUCUGCCUUCUCUGCGCCCUCUCAUUUUUACGUGUUUUUUUUUGCCCUUUCUCUGACCAAGAAGAGUUCGUCUUUAUAAUGCCUUGGAGAAGCCGAAAAUCCUGCUUCUAUUCACUAAAUGGCCGGAUUCCUAACUCUGAGGCGUUUUUUUAAACGUUGUUAAAAAUUUAAAAAAAUUCCAAAAAUGCAAAAAAAGUUUUUUUCGCACCUCAGUUCACCCGCAAGGAAGGUAAUUUUUAAGCUUUUUUUAAAAUUCUCUUAAAAUUGUCCAGGUUACUCAUUUAUGUACCAGCUAAUGACCUUGAAAGUUUCCACUUGCAAAACUUCCUAUUUUUCGAGAAAUGAGGGCUGAAAAACUUGAAACGGACUAUUUUCUAAGAAUUUUGAAGGUUUUCUUCGACUUCGAAAGAUAUCUACUCGGAAAAGGAGAAUUUUGUCGCUCAUUUAAGGUUUCGAAGAGUUAUUCCCAACCACAACGUGCAAAUACCUUUCUUGUUAACUAAUUUCCAACGAGUUCUUAAAGCUUAAAAAUCUCUUGUCAGAGAAAAGAGAGCGGAGAAAAGUCAGAAAACUUCAAGAAAUCAAGAGAUUGGACUAUAGAACUUCCUUCUUUUUUUUUCAAGAUCGACGAUGUCAACGGCUUCGACAACGCCUUGGUCACCCCCUUCAAAGAAAAGAUCGAUGCCGCCGGCGUGGCUGUUGAUGAUCUCGAAUCGGUAGCUUUUAGGAAACUGUGUGCAAGAUGGACCGUUGCAGAAGAACGUCUACGGCUAUGUACACCUUUAUGAUUCCCUGAGGCUGUACGCGUUGGCCGUGAGGACGGCGAUGAACGCCACCGGCCGGGAAGACAUCUACUUGGAUGGCAAGACUAUUUGGAAUACCAUGAGGCGGCUUGGAUUUCCGGGUUAGUGGGGCUCAAGGGUGCCAGAGUAGAUUGGAAACUUGUCGAGAAAAAAGGCCCGAAAAGAACAAACAUUGAGAUUAUCCUUUAAGAAAUAUUUCAAGUGGAAGCUUGAAUAAAAUUACGUAUUUUACUGUUAGGAAGGAUCUUUUCAAGUUCUUAAGAAUAGCCGUGAAAAUAACGUAAAGUCAGCAUAUCUCUCAAAAAAAAAAGAAGUCGAAAAAAUGACAUGAAGAAACAGCGGCGAAACGAGAUGAAUGUGUGCUCGAUGGAGAAUCCGAAGACACGAAAGUUUUUUUGAACUUUAUUAUUAUUAUGAUGCAUUUCUUAAUUUUUCCAUUGUUUUUGUCUCAUAGAAUGACCCUGAAAAUUACUUUUUUUUUUUCGGUAAGAUAGAAAAAAACUUCUGACGCAAAGCUAUUUUUUCAAGGGUUAUUUUUUUAGAAGCUCAAAUUUCAAAAAAACUUUUGGCUGUCUUUUUUUCAGGGCUCUUUCAUUGAGCCUUCUUUUCUAUUUUCUAAAAAUCUCAUUUUUGAAAAUUUUUGAAUGACUAUUUUUCUAGUUCAUUUCUGUGGAUUUCAACCAACUCUUUGAAAUCUACUUUUUCUUGUACUGAAUUCAUCAAAUUUUGACAAAAAAGAGGAAAAUUUCAAUUUUCAGGGCUCGUAUCAGCCGCUGGAGUUUCUUCAGGCUAUGUCCAAAUGGACGAUAUUGCCGAAAGGGCUCCAGUUUAUGCAGGUUUUUAGGGAUUAUUAUGUCAAAUAAGACUUCUUUUUGAAGCGUUCUACGUCCCACCGAAAAGCGACAACGUCAGGAAAGUCAGUGAACUCGAACCGGAAUUGCUUGACAAUUGCGACGGGAUGAAAACCAAGACAGGGUGCUACGAUUUGGUUCGGCAUCCGAAUAAAACGCUGAGCUUGCUGUUGUUCAGAGAAUAACCGAUGUUUCGACGGGAUUCUGGCCGUCUGUCGAUGGAAAAUUGCCAAGUGACGAGCCCGCCUGUGGGUAUCGCAACGAAAAAUGCGAUUAUACCAUGAUUAUCAUUGCUGGAAGUCUGGUGGUCCUGUUUAUCAUCGUGAUAAUCAGCGCGAUGAUCAUCUCGAGAAUGUGGUGAGAAUUCUUGGUUCAAUGCGCCCGACCUGAAACGGCUUGGGACUUUGAAAGUCGGACGAAUCUACUUUCACUUGCAUGAGAUCAAGAAAAGCUCUUGAAAUUUGGUUUUUAUAGCGCCCGACUGCUGAACGGUUUUCGCGUAGUGACGUCAGAAAUUUUGUAGUUUAUGCGCAUGUAGUUAAAGAUCGGGAAAAAUGAAUCCGAUGAUUGAGUUUUAAUCCUUUUAUUUUUUCAAAUGGCACAAUGCGUAAGUCAUUUUUAGCCGGUUGCAUCAAAAGCAGAAGUUGAAUGGUUAGAAAAGGUCCAAUUUUUACGUUCCCACACCAGCUUGUUUCCGUUAGAAACGCAAAAACCGCUACGCGACCGCAAUGCGUUGAGCCAUUCCUCAUGCGUCCUAAACCCGAAAAAAUUUUUUCUAGUGAAAACAAAUCACUUGCGACGAUGUCUUGGCGAAUUUAUCGCGACGAUUUUCGUGUCAUCAACGAGGAUGAAGUCAAGUCAAUGGUAAUUUCUAGCCCGAAAGAGUCUGGCUUCUCUGCGCUCUCUUCCCUCUCACUGUAGAGGUCGUAGAAAAAGAAAAAAAAUCACGUAAACGCGAAGCAAGAGAAAGAGAACACAGAAAAAUCAGACUUUUAAAAUUUUAAGCUUAGGAAAUCACAAUAUUUUAGCUCUCCAUUGGAUCAACUCGAACGAAAAUGUCGAAUAUGAGUUCUUUCGUGAAACAUCACGCUGUUCUUGGAACGAAUACUCAUGCUUCGUUCCAUAUGUAUCCUCAGAGAAGGCCGAUUCAGUUCGGACGCGCUGACAAGCAACUUUUCACUCAGGUAGGAAAAGAAAGGGAGAAAAAUUGGCAAAGGAGCUUACGGAAUAUCUGAAACUUUGUAAAAAAAAAAAGAAUGAGCACUGAAUCUUUAGAAGUAGCGCUGCUGAGAGGCGGAAAAGCCUUAACGAUUUUCUCUCCGAUUUGAAAGAAAAAAAUUUGGAUUUUUCAAAAAUAGUCCCAGGUGUGAGUUGGAUUUAUAAAAAAAUUUUCAGAUCUGAGAAUGAGAAAAAAUAGCUCGAAAAUUAGUUUUGAAUGAUCAGAGGGUCUAAUGCGCUCCACGGAGAAUAAUUCAUUUUAAUGAUCUUAUGACCAGAAAAAAUUGAAGAAAGCGAAAUUGGCCGACUCUUUUUGAGAAAAAAGGGUCCAUUUUCAAUUAAAAAAAAAAACAAAUUGUAGCAGGAAGAAAGAUGGGAAAAAUCGGGUAUAGUUUAACUUCAAAAAUAAAACUUUACGCCUUUUUCUUUAAAUUUACGAUCCCAUUUUUCAUAUCAGUUCAAGAAAAAGAAGGGGAGGUCAAAAAUUAGAAUUUACUGGAAAAGUUUUCGGGAGAGCAAUUAAAUUCGAUCCAAUAAACUUAUUUUCUUUUCCGGAAUUUCAACUUUUUCGCGCUGACUUUCAGAUGAAGCAAGCGGUGCACGACAACCUGAACCCGUUCCUUGGAAUGUCGUUCAACGAAAAAGAAGAAAUGAUUGUCCUGUGGAAGUUCUGCUCACGCGGAACCCUCCAGGACAUCAUCUACAACCCGGACGUCGUCCUGGACACCAAAUUCCACGCCGCUUUCAUCCGCGACAUCACUUUGGGCCUCGAAUAUCUGCACUCUUCGCCGAUUGGCUACCACGGCUCCCUGACUCCCUGGGCAUGCCUCAUCGACCGCAACUGGAUGGUUAAGCUGACGGAUUACGGUGAUUACGACGCCCUUUGAAAGCCCCGAGGAUCCCCCGGAUUUUGUAGGGAUCGCGAAUCCGCUUGAGCGCUGGGAGAAGCUCGGCUACAUCAGCACGGAGAGCUUGAAAGAGGGCGACGACAAGAGCGGUUCCACCCAGAAAACCAGUUGGUGAAGGGGGGAAAAUGGGCUUUUUGGAUGUUUCUAGAGAGGGUAAUUAAAAUGGAUUGACUCUAAUUUACGAGAGAAGCUCAAGAGUACAUUUUUUCUAAGAUUUGUUGGAAAUUUUGAUGAUCUUUUUUUUUUAUUUUUGUCAGAUUUCGAGCAUUAAUUUGACAAAAUGAGGGAAAAAAAUGCCGUUUUUUUCUUUACCUCUCGGAGAUGUUUCUUGUGGUAGAAACUUGUUCCUUGCAACUAUUUGUAGGAAAAUUUUUUUGAAGCUAGUUUUAAAGUCUCCGAUUCUAAAAAAAAUCGAAUUUUUUCGCGAAUUUUCCAUUAACACGGGCCAAAAAAGUUUCGAAAUUGGUCUUUUUGAAGGGAAAAAUGAUUAUUUGAAGCCCUUUUUUGGGAUUAAGAGGCUUGCGAUGCAAAAUGUUCUUAUUGAUUCAAGAUCAGGACGGUCUGAAGUACUUCUCAACCAAGUUACAGAUAUUUCUCGAAUCCAAUUUUUUUUCAUAUUACGGAAAAGAAUUUAAUUUUUCAUCAUAGAAAUCUUCUCCAGGGAAAAUCCAGAUGAAUAUCUCGUUUUUUUUUUUUCAAAUUUAGGAGUUUCGCAUUUUUGUUAUGAAAUCAAGUGAGCUUCAAAAUUGACGGAUUUAGAAUAUUUUGGGAAAGGCUUGAAUUUGAGGUAUACUCUACCAGCCGCCGGAGAUGCUCAAGAAUCGGGAGCAGAACCGGCUGAGAAGAACUGAUCAGACUUGGGUCAAACAGUCGCAGACACGACGGCAACUUGGCGACAUUUAUUCUUUUGGAAUGGUAAUCUAUUCAGCUUUGUAUUUAUAGAAUAAAUCCCUGGAAUUUUAAAAAAAUGCCUUUUUUUAAGGAAUUUGGAAAGGAUUUUUCUCCUCUUUUAAGGCUUUUCAAAGGGGAAAAAUUGGAUUCCGAUGGAAAAAUUCUUCGAAACUCUGUUAAGAAUUCUUCGAGAAUUUUUUUUUCUUUAUAUUUGAAUCGAAUUACUUUCGAGAAAAUGCUUUAGAAUUGUAGAAAAGGUCACUUUUUGAAAAAAAAUAAAUAAGUCUUAUUUUUUUAAUCUUUUUGUUUUUUUUUUUUUUUUUUUGAUUUCGUGCUGUUAAAAAUUUUAUAACGGCCGCACAGUCUUAGUUUUUCUUUUUUUCAAAUUUUGAAGAAUUUUGACGUUUUUGACAAUGAACUGGACUUGGAUUGAAUGCCGUGUCCAAAUGGAUUGGAAAUUAUUCGUCAGAGAAUGAAAGAGAUAACUAAUUUUUGGAGAGUCAGAGAAUACUUUGAAAACGACAUAAGAAAUUAAUGAAAACUUUUUUUUCUUUAAAAAAAUUUUGGUAGCUACUCAUAAGCCAUUAAGCCAUUCUCAAUGUGGACACCGUGUUUCAAGUCGAAAAAUUCCAACAAAAAAACGAAAUUAUUGCAGGUAAUGUACGAGAUCAUGUUCCGUGCUCUGCCCUUCGCCAAUGGUACAAAUAUCAGCGGUAAAUUAAUUCAUUUCAUGAAACAUAACGUAGAAAAAUUAUUGACACGUUUUCAUGAAGAAAAAUAGAAUGACAAGUCUCUGAAACUAGUUCUAGAGCAUUUUAUUUUUGAAUAAGUGGAAUUUUUUGGCUUUUAUCAGCUUCUUCUUUGUCAUAGAGCUUUUGGUUUUUAAGAUACGUUUUUUUUAAUCUUCCGAUUGGGCUAUGAAGGGGAGUAGACAAAAAUAAAGUUCAGGACCGUCUUAUCUCAGAACGAGAAAAAAAAUUGCUAUAUUUUUUUAUUCGAUUUAUGACGUUUGAAAACUUUUUUCUCCAUUUUUUUUUUCUGUAUUUUUUAGACUUUGAAGCGUCACAACUUGAAGACAAGAUCUAUUGCGGGAAUUUUUUUUUAGAAACAGAGGCCCUAAGGUAAUUUCCAGAAAAGUUCCAUCAGAUCUCCAACAUUUGUUUCGUUAGCUCAAAACAAAACUUUCCGAGAGAAAAUUCACAUUCUUGUGAAACUCUUCUAGAACUCAUCGACUACGUCCGGGACGGGACGCGAACCUUCCGGCCGACGAUUCAAGACAGGUCCCAGAUCCAUCCCGACCUCAACGCUCUGCUUCUCGACUGUUGGAAUGAGAAUCCAGAAGUUCGCCCUUCGAUCCGCCGUGUUAGACUCAACACGGAGAGCUACCUCAAAGUGUACUUAUCCCUUUGAAAAUACCCCGAAAAGCCGUGUUUUCUUCUAGGAAAGGUUCUCUGGUGGACCAGAUGAUGAGAAUGAUGGAACAGUAUGCGAAUAAUCUCGAGAAACUCGUCGCCGAACGAACUGGAAUGUUAGAGGAGGCCAAUGUCCGAGCCGAUAAGCUCCUCAGUCAGCUUCUUCCGAAGUAAUCCCUUGAAUGAUUUGAAGUCAAGUUACCGUAAUUUUUAUGGGCUUUCUUUUGAUUUCUGUUUUCUUAGUCCUUCGGGAUUUUUUAUUUUCGGACCAAUGGAGUAGAUAUAUUUCGAGAAUUUCAGAUAUGUCGCAAAUGAGCUGAAAAUGGGCCGAUCGGUACCUCCAAAGACGUUUGCUUCAGCCACAGUUAUGUUCAGGUAAAACUAUAACUUCGAUUUCAAAAAUUUUAUCAUACCAUUUACGAUCUCUUGUUAUAUGAAUAGCAAGUUAUAUCAUAGAACAAUUUUAAAAAGUGGACAAAAACAAAAAAAAAAUCUCUAACCGCCAAGGGCAUCGAUUUCAAGUAGUCAUUUGAGUGGCUUCAAGAAUUAUUUGAACGCGAUCAACGGAAAAAUGGCUUAGUAGACGAGUCAUUCCAAAUGCGGCACGUGGAAUGUGUCUCCAACGAAAUUCAGUGGAAUUUUUGCAAGCUGACCAUCGAAACUCAUUUCCUUGCAUCAUGGCUUUAAUUUUUUUGCGACUUCUAAGUUUUUUUGACGUAAGACACUACAACGACACGUUGAGCCAUUCCAAGUGCGGUCAUAAUGAAAAUAAAGUCAAAAAAGGCGAAUUACAGCGAUAUCGUUGGUUUCACGACAAUUUGCUCUUCUUCCACUCCCAUUGAAGUCGUCAACAUGCUCAAUAAUAUUUAUAGCAAAUUUGAUGACGCCAUCAACCGUAAUGAGGCUUACAAGGUUCAAAAAAAUCCCCGAGUUACUGAAAAAUCAUGAAAAAUGAAGGUUGAAACAAUUGGCGACGCCUACAUGGUCGUCUCAGGAAUUCCAGAAGAAAAUGGCCAUGAACACAUUAAACGAAUCAAUGACACGGCUUUGGAUAUCAUGGAGGUUUUGAAAAAAAAAUUCAUUUUUCAAAGAUUUUCAUCUUUAGUUGCUGAAAACCUAUGAAAUACCGCACCGGAAGAGUCAUAAUCUGCGAAUUCGGCUUGGAAUCCACACCGGUUCGGUUGCCGCCGGCGUCGUGGGUCUUACCGCGCCGAGAUAUUGUCUCUUUGGUGAUACUGUAAGUUUGGAAGGCUCACUGGAAAAAAAAAAAUUUUAGCGGAUUUUUCAAAAUUUCUCAACUCAAAAUGUUACUGACAUGGGAAUGUGAAACUUUUUAAUUUCAUUUUCCACAUUUAUAAACCACUACUAAAAAGUAAAAUUGUUAGGGAAAACAGCAAAUUUGACGCUUAUAUAAUAGGUUUCAGUUAAAAGUUCAGUAAUUGCUCAACUUUUAAAAUUCAAAGUGGAAGCUUUUAAGAUUGGAACUUCCGAAUUUUUAUUUUUUUAUUUUUUUCCGAUUUCCAAAUUUUUUUAUUUGGGUUUGAUCAGAGCGAUCAGACUUCAUAUAGCUGAUUCACGGCUAGCUUGAGCCAUCGAAAAAUGGGUCCUGACACGAUAAAAAGGAACCAGUGCCGAGUUGGUGGAGAGCGCAGACAGGCCACGUCUUUUUCCGUUCCAAGUUAGCCGUGAAUCGGCUAUAUAUUCAUACUUGUAAUAAAAAUUUUGUUUGAGACAGAAUUUUCUGCACUAAUAAUUUUUUUUCAUGGACGUGAAUCCAUUUUUCGUGAAAGUUGAGGCAUGACGAACUCAAUUUUAUUUUAGUCUAUAAAAAAUUGGACUUAUGUUGCUUGAUUCUUAUAGGCGCAUACGUCUUGCACGUUCACAAAAAGCUGCAAACGCGCCUUCGUUUUAAGACCUUGUUGAAAUUUUUUAUGGUCCCUUAAACCACCAGAAAAGAUUCUCUUACUGACUCGAGAAAAUGAACCUUUUAAAACCGAAAAAGUCCUUCGAAGAUCCCGUGCUUAAGUCAAACUUGAAAAAGCCAAAAAUCUGGAAUCUAUAACAUCUAAAAACUACACAUUUUUAGGUAAACGUUGCUUCGAGAAUGGAAUCAACUGGCCAACCGGAAAAAAUCCAAAUGUCCGAAGCGGCUCGAGAUUAUUGCCUCAAAUAUUAUUCCAAUUACCGUAUUUCUUUGCGAGGCACUGUUGAAGUUAAAGUUAGUGGUUUCAGGGUGAUUCAUUGAAUAAAAUUGUUAAUUCUACAGGGAAAAGGCCCAUGCACGACUUAUUGGCUGGAAGGAAGGAUCGAUGAAACGGCGGAGGCCAAUCGAAGCGCUUUGGCCCAUCUUGGAUUCUGA